AUGGUUGACGGGACUCGUACCGUCUCUUGGACUGUACCUGCGCUCCACACGAGUGAAUUACCACCGGCGCAGUUACGCGAGCUGCGAUCGACUAGCUUCCCGUCGCUCAAUCAGCGGAGCCGCAGCGAGUUUGUACCGCACGUCACGCACAUCCUUGCCGCCUAUAGAAGUAUCGCAAACCUGUCUCGCUCCGACGGUGCGUUCACCCCCCUACCGACACGCUCCUGUGGAUUCGUCGCCUCGCCAGCAUCCCUUUCGACUCGAGUAUUCUGGUCUCUACGGCGUGCGCAUUGGUUCUCAAGGCCUGUCCCUUUCCACUUCCGCCCUCUGUCGGACGACGAGAGGCUCAAGCGCAGUUCGAACAACACCAACUUCUCGCUGGACUUUAGUUCAGCAGCUCAACCGCCACAGCCCACCGAGUGCACAACUUACGACGAUAUUCUACUCGCACUCAGCGGGCUCAGCUCCUUCGGUGCAACUCACUGGUACCCGCACAUGAAUCGCCUGCUGGAUCAACUCCGUCGAUUUGUCUUCGACAAUCAGAGGGCCGACCCGGCUAACACCUCGGAACGCGUGACACGCACGCUGCAGUAUGCGAACGUCUAUCUUGGUCGCGCUGUCGCUCACCUGUCGGAAGACUCGCUAACAUGGUGGAGGGAUUUCUGCGCCGACACCGAGGCAAUCGAGUACAGGUCGGUCGAAUGGCUGCUCGCGCUGCAGAGUCUCACAGCCACAGCCCAAUCUCAACCUGCUCCACUGCGCGCGCCUCCACAGGCCGGGCAACCACGGCGCGCGCAAUACAGCCGCCCCAGGCUAUGCCAGACAACAUCCGAGCCCUGGUGCCUCGUCGUUCAGACGGUACGGAGCCAUGCCUGCGCUUCUUCGGCGGCGGCAUGUGCACCGGAGGUACCCGAGACCGCUGCGCGUACUCAUUCCGCACGCACACGUGGGAUGGUCCUCUACCCAGAGACCUAG